AUGAGAGAGGAAAAGGAGGAGAAAGCAGGGUGUCUGUGUGCCCUCAUCUCUUCCCGAGUGGCUCUCCGCAUGUCCGGAGAGCCUUCCCCAUGGCUCCGGUGGGUGUCGCCCCAGAAUGCCCAGGGCAUUUCUAGGAACGACGGGGCCGGCAGCAGGGUCAGCGUAUCCGUGGGUCGGGGAGCCACUGUGGGGUCCCCAGCCCUGACGCAGGCCCAGGGGCCCAGGCAAAGCCACAGGGUGGGUCCUGUCCAGUCCCACUGGCCACACUCCCAAAAGCACUUGCCAGCCCAGGCGCCCUGCCCCGAGCCUGGCGGGGCGGAGGGCGGCCAGGCGGCCCAAGGAUUCGGGGGCCUGGCACUCUGUCCUGUCACCUGUCGCUUGGUGUCGCGUGCGUGGGCGGCUCCUGGACCGAGCCCACCCAUGGACACGGAGGGGCUGGAUUUGUUUCUCAGGCAAUCCUGUAUUUUAAUUUUAGAUGUACUUCCUGGAGCAUAUUUUUCAUAG